UACCAGCGGGUGAAAGGCACAAUGAACUGUUUGGCAGUGUUUUCGCAGCGGAUAUGGGUAUUAUUGGCGGUGACAGUGAUGUUAGUGAAAGACUCUCAUCAGGGGAAGUUCGAAAGACGUCUGCUGAAUCAUUUGGUCAAUGAAGACUACAACCCCUAUGAACGACCAGUAGUCAACGACAGUGAGCCCCUCCGCGUGGAAUUCGGAAUAACAUUGCAACAAAUCCUCGAUGUGUAUGAUGACAUCUGGAAGGAUGCGUACAUGACGUGGGAUCCAGCAGAUUAUGGAAACGUAAAAGAUAUCCGCAUACCGCCUGAUAAAAUAUGGGUUCCAGACGUCCUCAUGUACAACAGUGCCGACGAUGGAUUUGACGGGGCUUAUCCCAGCAAAGUCGUGAUCAGUUCUGAUGGUUCCUGUCUGUGGGUCCCACCUGGCAUUUUUCGCAGUACAUGCACCAUCGAGGUGGCAAACUUUCCGUUCGAUGAACAGUUCUGUAAAAUGAAGUUUGGUUCGUGGACAUUCCACGGGUUUCAGCUGGAUCUACAGAAGAUGUGGGAAGAAGGAGACAUUAGCAACUUCAUGCCUAAUGGAGAAUGGGAUCUCAUAGCUGUUCUGGCUAACCGUUCAGAAUUCGUGUAUCCGUGUUGCCCAGAACCGUACCCAGAUAUUACGUUUACAGUGCAUAUGAAAAGACGUACUUUGUAUUAUAGUUUCAACAUGAUCAUACCCUGUGUGCUGAUGUCUUUCCUGACCAUGCUGACGUUCACACUACCAUCGGAGUCCGGUGAAAAGUUAGCUUUAGGUAUAACACUAUUGCUCGCCGAGACGGUGUUUCUUCUCAUUAUAUCUGAAAAAAUGCCGCCAGCCAGCGUGGUGCCGAUAAUAGGUACUUACUAUGCAGCUACUAUCAUCAUGACGGGCUUGUCAGUCGUGUUCACCAUUUUUGUUUUGAAUUUGCAUCACCGUCACCCGGAUUUCUACGACAUGGGCAGGGUGUGCCGUUUCAUUUUCCUCAAAUUUCUUCCUACUGUCUUGUUCAUGAGGAAAUUGGACAAGCAUUCGGAUAACAUGGUACAGCGUGGGGAGAAGAAUGAGAUGGUGAAGGUCGGCACAAAAUUGGCCAAUGCUUUCAACAACUACGACCAGUACCAUGCAAUGGGACGCGAACGGGCCUACAGUAAAGAGCUGCCGGAAGAUUUUGGCAAUACAACGUUUCAGACGACACCAGAGAACCUAGUGAUGUUAAGAGAGACGUCGGCAAUCUUAGAAGAAGUCAAAUACAUCAGCUCGGAGUUGCGUGGCCAGGGUGAGGAGAAUGCGUCAGUCGUUGAAUGGAAGUACGCCGCCAACGUCAUCGAUCGCCUGUGCCUGGUGCUAUUUUUCAUCUGGACCGUGGCGAACACAUUGUACAUAUUGAUCGCUGCACCGAAAUAAGUGGCGGGAUUGUUUUUGUUAAGCAUGGAGCGGUAACGGGGUCGGUUGACAUAGAAACCACUCGUCGAGUAAGCCGUGACGGGGGUUAGCUGAUCGAAAUGGUGCAGACGGGUGGCAUAGAGCUGGCGCUAAUAUAAUAAAUAAAGCUGCGCAUAGAACAUUGCGCAACGUGGGAAUACGUGCAGUAUUACAUCGGUUUUCAAUAUAAACAAUGAAUUGUAUGUGAGACAAACAAGCUUUUUAAAACGAGCCAAUAUGCACUUUGGUGAAUCUGGAAGUAACAUUAUUGUCAAAUCGUUGACAUCAUUCGAAUGAACUUAAUAGACAGUAUUACAACGAAGCGAAGGAGUGAAAAAACGAUGAUAUAUGAAAAAAUAUAGUAAAAAAAAUUAAUAUUUUUGUAGUGAAUGGAAAACUACACUGUCUUCCAAUGAAACGAGAUCGACUUAAUUAGUUUUUAUAUCAGUGUUACGGGAGUGUAUUUAAGUGUAUUGAAGUAGAAACAAGUACUGCGGACGGAAAUAAAAAAUGUUCACCCAAAGCCUAAACUCGAGAGGCUGUGAAUUUACAAUAGAAUUAUAUUCUUAGAUGUUUGACCAUUUACUGACGUUUGAGUUCGAAUGUUGUUCGUAAUAGGAAGACAUAUAGUAAUUUUGCGUUAAUCUUUAACACUUCUGUGUUUUGGUUUGAUUAGUUUAACUCUUCAAUUUUGUUGAGAGACGAUACUACUAUUUUUUCAGUAAUAAUUACAUUAAUAAUUCCGUGUGUUUGAUGUUACAUUAGUCUUCCAUCUUCGCUCUAUAAAUCAAUUAACUUUUUGAAAUUCUGAGUUGUCAACAUAUUCCAAACAAUUAAAUUGAUGCAGCACUCAUUUAGAUUAGGUUGUACCUUGUUCGUACAUAUACGAGUGUGUUUCCAAGUCUGUAAUAUUGCGAGUAACGACAGGGCACUAUCAUGUUAUGUAUGCCUUUAUAUUUCUUUACCGAACUUUGCCAGAGUACAUUGUGCCGUGUCAACCCACUUUACCAUUUCCGUAAAUGGGUAUUCGGUGGCGUCAAUUGAUUGCGAUUUAGUUUUUUUUACACGUGACUAUCGUGUUUCGGUUAAUAUAUGAGGCCCGUCAAGACGUUUAAUCUCAGAGUACAAAUACUAUACGACUAGGGCGUGCGAGAGAGAUGAGAGAGACGCGCGCGUGUAUGCGUUUGAGGUGCGUAACAUUAAGCGCUCUUAUUAUUGGGCUGUUAAGUUAGAGCAAUACAUCACCCAUAAAAUGGGUGUAAAUAUUAAUUAUUAAUUAUAUUGACGACGGUUUUCAAUCAAGAAAAUUAAUUACAGCAUCUGUCAAGGACUGUUUCGUUUGAACUGUCAUCAAAUCAAACUGUCAGUGUAUAGAACGUAGGAACUCGUAUCGCCCAUUUGUUUUUCAAUAGACCGCACAUACGUCGCGUUACGUCGUCUUCAACAUGGUCGACAUACUUCGUUUAAAUUACUUUACAAAACAAAUUGAAUGCUGCAUGGCGACUGUGGCGAUUAACAAAACGCACUGCUACAUGGGACACGAGGACACAUCUGGAAUAGAUAAUGUGUUCAUUUGCGUCUCGCACAAUUCUAAUAUUUCACUUUAAUUUAGCAUAUUUGCAUCCAGUAAGAUAAACUAUCUGUUCUUUCUAAGUGCGUAACGUUAAAGGCUUUCUUUUUCGAAAUUUCAAAGCGGAGGGGUCGACAUCUGCGCACGCGCGGGAAUUGAAUUCUAAGCAACGAUAUGUGAUAAUAAUGCACGCUAAAAACCCAAAGGUUCGUGAGUAGACUAUCUACCGUCCUGGUGACGACCCCCCGCUUUAAUGAAACAAUUAUAGAUACAGUUAUUAAACUUUGAAAUAUUCCAUUUUUUUUAUUUAUUUUGUAAUAAUACAUUUAACAGAAAUGCAAUAAACGUGUUGCUUGUUGGUUUAUAA